AUGGCCAGCACGUCGGCCGAGAUCAUCGCCUUCCUGCUGGUCAUCUCGGGCUGGGUGCUGGUGUCCUCCACGCUGCCCACCGACUACUGGAAGGUGUCCUCCAUCGACGGCACGGUCAUCACCACGGCGACCUUCUGGGCCAACCUCUGGAAGACCUGCGUGACGGACUCGACCGGCGUCUCCAACUGCAAGGACUUCCCCUCCAUGCUGGCGCUGGACGGCUACAUCCAAGCCUGUAGAGGACUCAUGAUCGCGGCCGUCUGUCUUGGAUUCUUUGGCUCCGUGUUUGCACUGGUUGGGAUGAAGUGCACAAAAGUUGGAGGCUCAGACCAGACUAAAGCUAAAAUUGCUUGUUUAGCUGGGCUGAUUUUCAUCCUUUCGGGGCUGAGCGCGUUGACUGGUUGCUCCCUGUAUGCAAACCGAAUCACAUCCGAAUUCUUUGAUCCUACGUUUAUUGCACAAAAGUAUGAAUUAGGAGCGGCUUUGUUCAUUGGAUGGGCUGGAGCAUCACUUUGCAUAAUUGGCGGCAGUAUAUUCUGCUUCUCAAUUGCUGAAAACAAUAAAACUCCAAGGAUGGGAUAUAUGUACAACAAAGCUGCUUCUGUGAUGUCUACUCGAACGAAGGCCUACAACAGCUCAGCAGAGUUUAAAACGCCCAGAGCGCCCCCAAAGCACUUUGACAAAAAUGCCUACGUGUAG